UAUUGUGGUCAUGGCAGCAAGUGAUUGACACAGAGGUUGAAAUGGGGAACUAAGAAAAUGCUCUUCACUUACAGUGGACGGAGCACACCUCUCGGCAGCAGCGUCGUGAGGACUCAGCUGGGACCUGGAAUCGUAUCCUCCUGUAUUUUUUCAGACUCCUUGGAAAUUAAGGAAUGCAAUUCUGCCACCAUGAUGGAAGGAUUGAAAAAACGUACAAGGAAGGCCUUUGGAAUACGGAAGAAAGAAAAGGACACUGAUUCGACAGGUUCACCAGAUAGAGAUGGAAUUCAGCCCAGCCCACAUGAACCACCCUACAAUAACAAAGCAGAGUGUGCGCGUGAAGGAGGAAAAAAAGUUUCGAAGAAAAGUAAUGGGGCACCAAAUGGAUUUUAUGCAGAAAUUGAUUGGGAAAGAUACAACUCCCCUGAGCUGGAUGAAGAAGGCUACAGCAUCAGACCCGAGGAACCCGGCUCUACCAAAGGAAAGCACUUUUAUUCUUCGAGUGAAUCAGAAGAGGAAGAAGAAUCACACAAGAAAUUCAAUAUCAAGAUUAAGCCAUUGCAAUCUAAAGACAUUGUUAAGAGUGCUGUGACCGUGGAUGAGCUGAAGGCAUCGAUAGGCAACAUUGCACUUUCCCCAUCACCAGUGAGGAAAAGUCCGAGGCGCAGCCCGGGUGCAAUUAAAAGGAACUUAUCCAGUGAAGAAGUGGCAAGACCUAGGCGUUCCACACCAACUCCAGAACUUAUGAGCAAAAAGCCUCCAGAUGACACUACGGCCCUUGCUCCCCUCUUCGGUCCUCCAUUAGAAUCAGCUUUUGAUGAACAGAAGACAGAAGUUCUUUUAGAUCAGCCUGAGAUAUGGGGUUCAGGCCAACCAAUUAAUCCAAGCAUCGAGUCGCCAAAGUUAACAAGGCCUUUUCCCACUGGAACACCUCCACCACUGCCUCCCAAAAAUGUACCAGCCACCCCACCCCGAACAGGCUCCCCGCUAACAGUUGCACCAGGAAGUGACCAGUCAGCCACAGAGGUCAAAAUUGAAAAACUACCAUCAAUCAAUGACUUGGACAGCAUUUUUGGCCCAGUGUUGUCCCCCAAGUCUGUUGCUGUUAAUGCUGAAGAGAAGUGGGUCCAUUUUUCUGAUACGUCCCCGGAACAUGUUACUCCAGAGUUGACUCCAAGGGAAAAGGUGGUGUCCCCACCAGCUGCAUCAGACAACCCAUCUGACUCCCCAGCUCCGGGCCCCCCAGGCCCUCCAGGCCCCCCGGGCCCCCCAGGACCCCCUGGUCCUCCUCGCAAUGUACCGUCGCCGCUCAAUUUAGAAGAAGUCCAGAAGAAAAUCGCUGAGCAGACCUUCAUUAAAGAUGAUUACUUAGAAACAAUCUCAUCUCCCAAAGAUUUUGGGUUGGGACAGAGAGCAACCCCACCUCCCCCACCACCACCCACCUACAGGACUGUGGUUUCAUCCCCUGGACCUGGCUCGGGCAGUGGUACGGGGACCACCAGUGGCGCAUCAUCCCCUGCUCGGCCAGCCACUCCUUUGGUUCCCUGCAGUAGCACCACCCCUCCACCGCCUCCUCCCCGGCCUCCAUCUCGGCCAAAGCUACCUCCAGGAAAACCUGGAGUUGGAGAUGUGCCCAGACCUUUUAGCCCACCCAUACAUUCUUCCAGUCCUCCUCCGAUAGCACCCCUUGCCCGAGCUGAAAGUACUUCUUCAAUAUCGUCCACCAAUUCCCUGAGUGCAGCCACCACUCCCACAGUUGAGAAUGAACAGCCUUCCCUCGUUUGGUUUGACAGAGGAAAGUUUUAUUUGACUUUUGAAGGUUCUUCCAGGGGACCCAGCCCCCUGACCAUGGGAGCCCAGGACACCCUCCCUGUUGCAGCAGCAUUUACAGAAACAGUCAAUGCCUACUUCAAAGGAGCAGAUCCAAGCAAAUGUAUCGUGAAGAUUACUGGAGAGAUGGUGUUGUCUUUUCCUGCCGGCAUCACCAGACACUUUGCCAACAAUCCAUCGCCAGCUGCUCUGACUUUUCGGGUGAUAAAUUUCAGCAGGUUAGAACACGUCCUGCCAAAUCCCCAACUUCUCUGCUGCGAUAAUACUCAAAAUGAUGCCAAUACCAAGGAAUUCUGGGUAAACAUGCCAAAUUUGAUGACUCACCUAAAGAAAGUGUCGGAACAAAAACCCCAGGCUACAUAUUAUAAUGUGGACAUGCUCAAAUAUCAGGUGUCUGCACAGGGCAUUCAGUCCACACCCCUGAACCUGGCAGUGAACUGGCGAUGUGAGCCGGCAAGCACUGACCUGCGCAUAGAUUACAAAUACAAUACAGAUGCAAUGACAACGGCUGUGGCCCUCAACAAUGUGCAGUUCCUGGUCCCCAUAGAUGGAGGGGUAACCAAGCUCCAGGCCGUUCUCCCACCAGCAGUCUGGAAUGCUGAACAGCAAAGAAUAUUGUGGAAGAUUCCUGAUAUUUCUCAGAAGUCAGAAAACGGAGGGGUGGGUUCUUUAUUGGCAAGAUUUCAGUUAUCUGAAGGCCCCAGCAAACCUUCCCCAUUGGUUGUGCAAUUCACAAGCGAAGGAAGCACUCUUUCUGGUUGUGACAUUGAACUUGUUGGAGCAGGGUAUCGGUUUUCACUCAUCAAGAAAAGGUUUGCUGCAGGAAAAUACUUGGCAGAUAACUAAUAAAAUUGUAUGCAAGGAUUUGGAGGAUCCAUAUAAUGGAGGACUGUUGUAUGAGAAACAGGUUUUAAUUUUGGUUUGAUGAAAACAAACCAAAAUCUGCACUUGGGAUAUAUCUGCUGGAAAUGUCAAUGACUUUCAGCAAUGAUUUCCCUCACAGAAUACCAUGGUGACCAGUCUUACAGUAUUUACUUCUAGGUGUAAUAUUGUUAAUGGUUUUAAAAUGUAAUUAUUGUAUUUGUAAAUUGUACUCAUUCCAGUAAGGCAGUUAGACACUUGAGUUUUAGCAUUUUACCAUUCCUGAAAUGGGUGUAAUUUCAAUUGUGGUAUGUAAAUUUAAUAGUAGUACUGUUGAAUGGCACAAUGCUUACAGAGGUAGAUUGCAUUUUGUCAAUAUAUAAAAUUUAAAUAUAAUAUUGAUAGCUGUCAUAAAGGGGGUGCCACAUACAAAGAAAAUUAAGUGGAACCAGAAAAAAAAUCCUUCUUUUUCUUCAAUCCUUAGUAUGUUUUAUUCUAGUGCUAAAUAAAAAUUCUAUCUUCAAAUAUUUAGUGGCUUAAAUUCAGAAACUAUUUCAGAAAAAAAAUUCUAAAGUUACAGCAUAUUCAAGAAAAGCAUUAAUUACCACUUUUUAAAAGCUUUUUUUUCAAACUGCAAAUUUCAUAAAAAUGCAAACUAUGUAAACAGGGCCUCUUAUUUUUAUAACUUGUGUAAAAAGGGAAAGCAAUUCAUAUUUAAAGUUUAAGUAUAUGAAAUUCUAACCAAGAGUAAAGAAGAUGUUGAAGUCUUAACUGUGUCCCCCUCUCUCUACAGUUUAGCAAAUGUGGAGAGUGCUGAAUAAUAUGAGACUAAAGCCAAAAUUGUGAUUUUAAAAUUUCAAGACUUUCCAUAGGUGAACUGGUUAACAGCUUUUGCACAAUUACCCUGAACAGAGACUCUUUCAUCUAGCAUGGAGAAUGGUCACAUAUCUUUCUCUUUACCUACAGGAAUCGAAACACUAAGACUAAAAUCUCAGAAAAAAAAAUUUAGUCCCCUAUUUAAGUCCAUGAGGAAAAUUUUAAUCGUCAUCAUUUAUAUCAUUUGGGAAGGAAAAAAAAAACCUUAUAAAUGAAACUCUAUCCACAUUAUUGUGCAAUAUAUUUCCUUUUGGCUAAGAUUCAUCAUAUGUAACUAUAAAUCCUUGCCACUCUUAGGGAAUCAGAAACAGAGUUAUCAAAAAUUUAUGUCAUGAUUUCAUUGUUGCAAGGUGCGAUUAAUUACUGUAAUUACUUGGUCUGGCCUCACACUGUGGGGAUUCAGAAUGGAGAAAUCUUCAGGGGUGGGUCACAAUUUCCUCUACCAAUUGAAAAUAUAAAAUUCCUUCUGAGUCACAGAACUUACUUUAAACAUGAACCAACUCUUUUUCUAAGUUACACUGUUAAAUAACUGUAAUUAUUAAGCUGUUAGUUGUUAAACUUUAUUUUACAUUCACUUAAAUUUGACAAAGAAUCAUUAGCCAUUUAAAUUUUAGAAUCAAAUUAAAUUUUGUAAGUCUUACUUUUAAAAAGAGAUUGUGACUGGCAAUUGUUUAUAGUGGAACUUUUUAAAUUAAUAUUUAUACUUCUCAAUCAGUGCUUGCUACCGAGCGAAUGUUCAAGAGUCUGUUUUACCUCAAAAGAAUUUCUGCCAUUCAAACACUCUCAGUUGGCUCCCCAAAUAGUCUGAUAUUGAUUUUUUGAACAAAUUAUUAAUAUACUCAUUUUAAGUAAAGAUAUCCAAUUUGAUUUUGAAGCCAAAAUAGAAAAUGCAAACUUUUUGCUCACAUAAAACAUGGGGAAACUUCAAACACUGUAACCAAUGGAGAGUAAGCAGAUAGUUGUAAGAUAAUUGAGAAUUAUCCAGCAUACAAAUAUAAAAAUUCAUUUUUAAGUAAUCAAUCCAUGAGAAAAACAUAUUGAAUAUUAAUACAAAGCAUAUUAAAAAUGUGUAAUUACUGGUUCUUAUGUCUUGCUCUUUAUAUUUUAUUUUAUAUAGUUCUAGAGUGAAUUAAUAAUUAAGCAC